AUGAUCAUAGCGAGACGAACUAGGAGAAGUAUAGGAAGUUAUAACCUCCAAUCGAGAGGAUAUUUCUUUCUAUAUUUUUUGGUCCGUUCAGGGAGUGAUUCACCUACAACAGAUAUAUUAACUAAGGCUAUUAAAGAAGAAAUAAAAGAGAAACUAUCUAAAACUAAACUAGCAGAAGCACUUCGACGCAAAUUGAACAUAGGACAAGCGAACCCAUAUUUUCUACUUGCUUUGCCAAUAGUACGAAACGAGAGGAUACUUCUUUCUAUAUUUUGGUCCUUAAGUUCAGGGAGUGAAUUCACUGACCAGCAGAUGUAUCACUUUAACUAA